UCUUUGUUGUCAACCCAGAGCCUGCGAGCCGUGUGUGCAUCUAAUGCAGCCGUGGUCCCUGACUGUCCGCCGCACCUGCUUCCUAGGGAAAGGCUGCGAACAGCGGUGGCUGCAAGAAAAUAACUUUCGACCCCGGUUCUCCUCUCUGCAAGAGAGGCUGGGACGGGGUCAGAUGCUGUGGAGCGUCCCCUUCCCAGCACAGAACUCGAGGCUGCUCUCUGCCUUUGUGUGUUUAACGCCGGUACUGGCUUGGGGCAACCCGCUCGGUUUCCUGCUUCCUUGUCGGAUUGUUACCGUCUGAGCCGCGGGGGAGAGGCUUUGGCUGCCAGGGUAGGAUGGUGGAUCUGGAGAGUGAGGUUCCUCCUCUUCCUCCCAGGUACAGGUUUCGGGAUUUGCUGCUGGGAGACCAAGGAUGGCAGAACGACGACAGGGUACAAGUUGAAUUUUAUAUGAAUGAAAAUACAUUUAAAGAGAGACUGAAGCUAUUUUUCAUCAAAAAUCAAAGAUCAAGUCUCAGAAUACGAUUGUUCAAUUUUUCUCUCAAGUUAUUAAGCUGUUUGUUAUAUAUAAUUCGAGUGCUCCUGGAUGAUCCUACACAAGGACAUGGAUGCAAGGAAUUAAGCAAGGGCUGUUCCAGUCAAAACUACACACCUGCAAAGAUUGAUUGGUCUCCUAUUAUUUGGGUGAACAGAAGCUUGCCUUUAUGGGGAUUACAGGUUUCAGUGGCUUUGAUAAGUCUGUUUGAAACAAUGCUGCUGGGUUAUCUGAGCUACAAGGGAAACAUCUGGGAACAAGUUUUACGAAUACCCUUCCUCCUGGAAAUAAUUAACGCUGUCCCCUUUAUCAUUACAAUUUUCUGGCCUGCACUAAGAAACCUAUUUAUUCCAGUAUUUUUAAAUUGCUGGCUUGCCAAACAUGCAUUGGAGAACAUGAUUAAUGAUCUCCAUAGAGCCAUUCAACGUACACAGUCUGCAAUGUUUAACCAAGUUCUUAUUUUAAUAUCCACAUUGCUGUGUCUUAUCUUCACCUGUAUUUGCGGAAUUCAGCAUCUGGAGCGAGCAGGAAACAAGUUGACUCUCUUUGACUCCCUUUAUUUCUGCAUAGUGACAUUUUCCACUGUGGGCUUUGGGGAUGUUACACCCAAGAUCUGGCCUUCAAAACUGCUGGUUGUCAUUAUGAUCUGUGUUGCCCUUGUGGUGUUGCCCAUACAGUUUGAACAGCUGGCUUAUUUGUGGAUGGAGAGACAGAAGUCUGGGGGUAACUACAGUCGACACAGAGCUCAGACAGAGAAACAUGUGGUGCUGUGUGUCAGCUCCCUGAAGAUUGACUUGCUUAUGGAUUUCUUAAAUGAGUUCUAUGCUCAUCCCAGACUGCAGGACUAUUAUGUGGUUAUUUUGUGUCCUACUGAGAUGGAUGCUCAAGUGAGAAGAGUGUUGCAAAUUCCAAUGUGGUCUCAAAGAGUUAUCUAUCUGCAAGGCUCAGUACUGAAAGAUCAGGACCUGUUGAGAGCUAAGAUGGAUGAUGCUGAGGCCUGUUUCAUUCUGAGUAGCCGGUGCGAGGUGGACAGGACAGCAGCGGAUCAUCAAACCAUUUUAAGAGCCUGGGCAGUUAAAGACUUUGCUCCAAAAUGUCCUUUAUAUGUACAAAUAUUAAAACCCGAAAAUAAAUUCCACAUCAAGUUUGCAGAUCAUGUUGUAUGCGAAGAGGAGUUCAAAUAUGCUAUGCUAGCUUUAAACUGUAUCUGCCCAGCUACUUCUACGCUAAUCACCCUGCUGGUUCAUACCUCUAGAGGACAAACAGCACCUUGGGAAGCUUUUAGACAUCUAACUGGAACCAAGCAGACUUUAACCAGGGAGGGUCAACAAUCACCAGAACAGUGGCAGAAAAUGUACGGCCGAUGCUCUGGUAAUGAAGUGUAUCACAUUAAUCUGGAGGACAGUACGUUUUUUGCUGAAUAUGAGGGAAAGAGCUUUACAUAUGCUUCUUUCCAUGCACAUAAAAAGUUUGGAGUCUGUUUGAUUGGUGUUAGGAGGGAAGAUAACAAAAACAUUUUGCUGAAUCCAGGCCCUCGUUAUAUUAUGACUGCUACAGAUAUAUGUUUUUAUAUCAACAUCACCAAAGAAGAAAAUUCAGCUUUUAAAAAGCAAGAACAGCAUAGAAAAAAUAAUGAAUCCAAGUCAUACUAUCAUGGACCUUCUAGGUUGCCGUUGCACAGUGUAAUUGCCAGUAUGGGGACCGUGGCUAUAGAUUUACAAGAUACAGGAUGUAGAUCUUCCAGCGGACCUACCCUAACCCUUCCUUCAGAGGGAAGUAAAAAUGGCAGAAGAUCUAGCAUAGCACCUGUUUUGGAGGUUGCAGACUCCUCAUCACUUCAAGCAUGUGAUCUUCUAAGUGACCAGUCAGAGGAUGAAACUACUCCAUCAGAUGACGACAUUUCUACAGGUUUAGAGUAUGCUAAAGGUUAUCCUCCUUACUCUCCUUAUAUUGGAAGUUCUCCCACAUUUUGCCAUCUGCUGCAUGAAAAAGUGCCAUUUUGUUGUUUAAGACUGGACAAGGGGUGCCAACAUAACUACUAUGAAGAUGCCAAAGCCUAUGGAUUCAAAAAUAAAUUGAUUAUAGUUGCAGCAGAGACAGCUGGAAAUGGCUUAUACAACUUUAUUGUUCCACUCAGAGCUUAUUACAGACCAAAGAAAGAACUCAACCCUAUAGUAUUACUUCUGGAUAAUCCGCCAGAUAUGCAUUUUCUGGAUGCAAUCUGUUGGUUCCCAGUGGUUUACUACAUGGUGGGCUCUAUUGACAACCUAGAUGAUUUGCUAAGAUGUGGGGUGACCUUCGCUGCCAAUAUGGUGGUUGUGGACAAGGAAAGUACUAUGAGUGCUGAGGAAGACUACAUGGCAGAUGCCAAGACUAUUGUAAAUGUACAAACACUCUUUAGGUUGUUUUCAAGUCUAAGCAUAAUCACAGAGCUAACUCACCCAGCCAAUAUGAGAUUCAUGCAGUUCAGAGCCAAAGACUGCUACUCUCUUGCACUAUCAAAACUGGAAAAGAAAGAACGGGAGAAGGGUUCUAAUCUGGCAUUUAUGUUUCGACUGCCUUUUGCUGCUGGAAGGGUUUUCAGCAUUAGUAUGUUGGACACCCUGCUGUACCAGUCAUUUGUGAAGGAUUAUAUGAUCUCUAUCACAAGACUUCUGCUGGGACUAGAUACCACACCAGGAUCUGGGUUUCUUUGUUCUAUGAAAAUCACAGAAGAUGACCUAUGGAUUAGGACAUAUGCCAGACUAUAUCAGAAACUUUGUUCUUCAACAGGAGAUAUUCCUAUUGGAAUCUAUAGAACUGAAUCCCAAAAACUUACAACAUCUGAGUCACGAGAAACGGCUUCACAAUCUCAAAUUUCUAUUAGCGUCGAAGAAUGGGAAGACACCAAAGAACAAAUAAACAACCGCAAUAACCAUCGUAACUCCACAUCCAGUGAUCAGUCAGAUCAUCCCUUGUUACGACGGAAGAGCAUGCAGUGGGCCCGGCGGCUGAGCAGAAAAGUGCCAAAGCACUCCAGCAAAACAGCAGAGAAAAUAAGUCAGCAGCGGAUGAGCCUUUACAAGAGGUCAGAAAGACAGGAACUUGCUGAACUUGUGAAGAACAGAAUGAAGCACUUGGGACUUUCCACAGCAGGAUAUGAUGAAAUGAAUGAUCAUCAAAACACCCUAUCUUACAUCCUGAUCAAUCCUUCUCCAGAUACAAGACUAGAGCUGAAUGAUGUUGUGUAA